CAGCACCGAUUGACACAAAAAGAAAGUGGAACGAACACGCCUUUCGAGCAUUUCUUGCCUAGUUGUGCAAAUCAAAAGUCAUGGCUUUUCAAUCAACUCCUAUGGAUUUAUCCGUCGUCAUCACUACGCCUGCCACAGGCUCUAGCGCCGAGCCACGCUUUUUAACGGAGCGCAGAGUCACUCCAACAUGGACUGUCAUGCAGCUGAAGACGAAGCUUGAGACCAUGACCGGUGUUCCUCCCAGCUGCCAGCGUCUUCGUCUCAAGUCUCCCGGGCAUCAGGAACAGUGGGUUGAAGGUGACGAUAGCAUUAUCGGUGACUGGGGUUUGAUGAGAGGCUCUGAAUUAGAGGUUCAUGAUACUCGUCCUCAAGCUACGCGGCCCAACUUCACCGACCUGUCGUCCGUCGAGAAGUAUGUUCUGCCACCUUCCACGUACGAGGCGCUCCCCAAUUCCGUUCUGGCGUGGAAAAAAAUCCAGAAGCUUGGUCGCUUCGACCCCAAUGCUGUGUCUCCUGGAGAAGCUAUGCGCAGUCAAGUGCUGAGAGACAUAAAUGAAGUCGAACGCAAAGGUAUUGCUGUUAACAAGCGAGCCAUUGUCCUUCCGUCAUCUCCGCCACAUGUUCGACGCGGCACAAUUCGCUUCGUUGGACCAGUACCGACGAUACCCUUCCCUGGGAUAGAGUCUGAUUUAUUAGAAAAUGACUCUACUUUUCCAGUCUGGGUAGGAAUUGAACUUGACGAGCCACUGGGUAAGAACGACGGCAGUGUGGGAGGAAAGAGCUACUUUAUUUGCCCGGCCAAGACGGGUGUCUUCGUUAAACCUGAGAAAGUGGAAGUAGGAGACUGGCCGCCCUUGGGCUUGGAUGAUUUGGACGCUGAAAUGGAGGAAAUAUAAUCAAUGGUCUUCUGGCAUGACCACUAUAUUUCACUAGAAUCUUGGCACUAACCAGUCCUAACCACAACACUCCAAUAAAGCUUGUGAUCGGCUUGACAGAUCUCCCAGUCAGACACGCUCCCGCGCCGACGGAAUAGCAGAGA